AUGCACAAAUCGCUUUGUCUCAUUCUCUUUAUGCUAUUGGCAACCAUUGUUCCUAUUCAAGGCUACAUGGUGGUCAAACCUACUCCCACAUCGCCUGACAACAUUAGGAUGGCAGCAUUAUCAACAGCAGCACCUACUGAAUCACCCCAGCGAAAAUUGAUCAAACGUAACAACGUCCAAAAAACAUUGAGCUAUAUCCAAGAUCAAGCCGAAGCAUGCAAUAGCGAAGAUGAUGAACCCAUUGAUAAGAACGUUGAUGAGAAAAUCCGCCAGCUAUGGCAAACGGUAACCGUGUACUGUGGCAACAAUCAAGUCAAGACCGUCACCAAAACCAAAACAGCAACUGCUACCGCUACCGAGACGGUGUACUCGGAUGAUGAUGACGAUGACAAUGAAGAAUAUGAAUGUGAUGAUCAAUGCUGGAGUGAUUACUUAUGGCAUACCUACGGCUAUGGCAUUUCAGUAGCCCAAGGCUUUACUGGUAUUGCUUGCAUCAUUAUUGGUCUUUAUUUCAUGGUCUUUGGUUUUCGUUACUUUCGCCCAACAUUGGGUCUCGUUGGAUUUGUCUUUUUUGCUGUCAUGACAUGGAUCGGCCUCGUAAACAAUGAACCCAUAACAGGUUAUCCACACAAUGAGAUCGUCUACAUUUGCGUCAGCAUUGGUUUGGGUAUACUUGGUGGUAUUUUAUUCAUGUUCUUUUAUCCUAUUGGCUUGUACUUUGUGGGAGCGUUGGGUGGUUUCUUUCUUUCAGUCUAUAUCAUGUCAUGGCGAGAAAAUCUUGUCAUACAAAUCAAAGUGGCACGUAUUUGUUUUAUCAUUGGUAUGGGGGUUAUCAUGAUCAUCCUCGUGGUGCUUGUAGAAAGCUAUGCGAUUGUGUUUGCAACGUCAUUCACGGGUGCCUACUUGUUCAUCCUCGGACUUGACUUUUUCGUACACACGGGCUUCAUCAAUGCCAUGCUCUUGAUCUUUGAUGCCAAUCCCAAUCACUAUAACGUUUAUAUCAUGAACCGACCGGUGAUUGUCAUGCUGGCCUUUGUGGCAGUCCUCACUCUAUUUUCAGCUGGAUGGCAAUAUUAUUGGAACUUUAUCAAGAACAAGCGCUUCUUUGGAAUCAAUGUCGUACCAGAAAAGGCUGCGUAA